AUGCUGUUGUUGGUUGGUCUUUGGAUUGGCUACCUAUGCAGUUUGCUUUGUCAAAUCAGUGUUGUGAGGCUCGUUGGAACCUCGGGUCAACUUGGUUCAUUCGGUGAAACGUUUCCUCGCGAACGUGCCCAUUCUUACAGCUGCCCAAGGUAA